UCUGUGUUCUAUGACAUCUUGCUGUGUCAAGUCUGAUUACUCUAAUCUUCCGCAGGCUUUCACAAUAAGGAACUCCGCUUAGAAGCUGGGCAUCGGCAGCAUGAAAGCUGCCUUUGUGCGUAGCGGUCCCUGGCAGAGUGCAAAUCAGUCAUUAGGUGUAUGGGGAGGGAAAUGAAUUCUUUACAUGCCAAGGGAAGCCAUCAGGAGGAAACUUUUGUACUCAAGACCAUCCCUACUUUGAAAACCUUUUCAUGCCGCUUUUUUUGGCCCCUCUUACUCUCCGAGUAAAUGGGAGUUCAAGGAACCACUUGUCAGCAGGAGCCUCCCCAGCACCAGAUGCAGGAUGCCUUCCCCGUCCACAGAAUGUGGUGUAAACAGCACGGCAGAAGAAUAACCACCCACUGAAAAAGGACCUGGUCUUGGAUCCUUUUUCAUGCGCAGACUACAAAAUCCAGGAGGAUAAAUCUGGAACGCUACUGGGAACGAGACCGGAGACGGUGAAAUCAUGGGAGCAGCUCAUGGGAAAAAGAAAGAAUACUCCUUACAGUCCAGGUGUUAUAAAGAAAAUGGGGAACAUAUUAUCAAUGGUUCAGCAUCCAUGUAUUCUGAAAUACAGAGAGAGAGGCCUGAUCUUGGGAGUAUCAUGGCUCAUCCGGACUACAUUGAUGGAAACCCUGACCUUAUCAAACCAAAAAAACUCCUCAAUCCUGUAAGAGCGUCGAAAAGCCAUCAAGAGCUUCACAGAGAACUGCUUAUGAAUCACAAAAGAGGACUGGGAGUGGAGAGCAAACCAGAACUGCAGCGGGUCCUGGAACAUCGGCGACGAAACCAGUUGAUCCGACAGAGGAAGGAAGAAGAAGAAGCAAAGAAGUUAAAGUCCCCCUUUGAACAAGAGCUCAUGAAGAGGCAACAGAGGCUGGAUCAGUUGGAAAGAGAACAAGAGAAGCAAGAAGAAAAUGCACCAGAAUUCGUUAAAGUCAAAGAAAAUCUGAGAAGGACAUCCACGCUGACUGGCGCAGAGAAGGUUGCGUAGCUGACAUCAGCUGAGACCAAAGUAGAAGAGAAAUUUCAGCUUUUUGAAUAACUUCAUGCUGACAUCUUUGGUAAACAGUGGACUCUCGUGGUUAUGUCUUUGGGGCUCUUUCCUGUUUAUUGAUGCUUUGCUCCCCGUAGAAAUUCCACAGGGGGACCUUUUCACAUCCUGUCAGGAGGAAAACAAAAGUGUGGUGUUUCUCCAGGAGGAGGUACACGGAUAAGAAAAGGGUGAGAGAGUGCAGAACAAUAAGCCUUGCUCUCAGGAUCGUGCCCCUUCUGCAUCAUGACUAACCCUUGGCUAAUACGCUUGCCAUUCAGCACAGGCUCAGGAGAUGAAGAAAUAUGGGCAUACUUCAUGAAAAAGAAGAGACUGUUGCACGCCAGGUACUCCAGCAUCAAAAUACUUUUUUAAAAAAUUUUUAAAAGCUGGUCUUGAAAUGUCUCGCAUUCGAAGGAAACUGAAGCUCCUGUUUCAAGGCGAGCCUGAGAGGAUGGUUAAAAAAAGGGAGUUUUUUGCCAGCAUGGAAAGGGAUUGCUGUGUUUCAGAGCACCUCAGCCUGUGUCUGCAUGAUUUGUAUGGCAUCUCCGCAACACUACAAAGCAAAUGCCUUUGUAUCAAUAGAAGCAGGGAAAAUGCAGAGCUUGGAAAUAAUAUGCCAACACGUUAAAUUGAUUUGUUAUUAGGCUCAUGAAAAAGGCUCGCUCAGCUGUCCUAAUGUCGUUUUCUUAACCCACAGGGACUGGGAGUGAGUGGAGAAGGGCUUUCAUUACCGAACUGCAGUUAUAUUUUAUUACUGAAAACUUGCCACAACUCAAGUCUAGAAAAGAACCAUUGAAAGAUGCUGCUGAAAGUGCUGGAAUGCAAGGUGCUGUCUGGAUUGUCUGUAAAAAUGAAGGGGAUAAUGCCAUUUCCAGAGAAGAGUUAAAGUCUGUUUGCACACUGCCUAGAUACAGCAGUCUGAUACCACUUAACUGUCAUACUCCAGCGAAAGAACUCUGUCCCUCCUAAGUACACACUCCUCUGCACUAGAGCUCUUGAUCAAAGAAUUCUAAAUACCUUGCCAAACUUAAGAUCCCACAACCUAUUAUGGAGUGGUGGGAGUUUAAGGGAGUAUCACACUGCAGUAGCCAUGUCACAGAGAUACACUCAGGGCAGAGAGGAACAGGUGACAGCUUUGUAGAUAGAAGGGGGACUCCCUACAGCAGUGGUUCCCAACCUUGGGUAACCCAAGUCUUCUUGGACUGCAGCUUCCAGAAAACCCAGC